CUGCCCUGUGAGGUGUGUGUAGUGGGAGGGCGUGAGGAGGAGGGGCAGUGGGGCUGUUCUAUUUUUACUGGCCAGUUGCCGUUGGCCACAGUUUUCAUAGCCUGCCCUCAGUGCUGUCCCUCCACUGUCUGCAGUCUGCUGCGAGGCUCAGGCUCCACAGGACUGAACAAGGUGCUGCUCUACCACCACCAUGCCGGAAGUCGAGAGGAAAUCCAAGAUCACUGCUUCCCGCAAACUCUUGCUGAAGAGCCUGAUGCUGGCCAAGGCCAAGGAGUGCUGGGAACAGGAGCACGAAGAGCGCGAGGCUGAGAAGGUGCGCUACCUGGCCGAGCGCAUCCCCACGCUGCAGACCCGUGGCCUGUCCCUCAGCGCCCUCCAG